GCGUUUAAAGCUUCAUGAACUAUGCGGACGCUUCUUGUUAGCAAACCUCGGUUCUUUUUUUCAUGGAAGUUACUACAUCGAGCUAAGUAGAUGCGAAGCAGGACGAAGCUUAUAUCAACAUUUUGCUCCGAUAUUGAUAUUGAUCAUGCUGGGGAGCGAAGAUAUCUGAUCUCUUCUGGAAAUGCGACAAGAAUCGUCCAAUUUUCAAGGCGACAUUUUGGUAUUGAGAGUGCAUUCAUCUCAUAAUGAUGAAUUUUGUCUUCGACACGCACACGCCAUCAGAAUCUAUUCGGUACCUUGACCGUCUCACGCAUCUUCUGUUUAUUUUCGAUAUGGAACAAGAAAUGGUAAUGGUAUCUUGAGCGGAACCUAAGUAACAAUUUUGCCGACCUCAGACCCAGCAUGCCAUUGUAAAUACACUGUCUCAAAAUUGUCGACAGUUGGUGCUCCUACACAGA